AUGUCAGUAUCUCAAGAGUACAGGCUUGCCCAAUCACUUGUUUGGAGUGACCAAGAGUUUAGCUUAGCCGAGUUUGUCAAACGGUACGAGCUACCCCAAGUUGUGUUAGUCGUAGACGGUUAUUGUGGCGAUAAUGAGCGGACCACUUUUAGUAGUGGUCUAAUUCUGACUCUACAUAGUAUGAAUACGGCCAGUAAAAUAGUAUGCCAGCUUCCUCAUAGUAAUGCCGUGGUGGUUCCAACAAGCUGCCCGCUUAAAGCUGACAUGAUACCUAUGGACUGUCGGGACACGAAAUUGACCGCUCAUCAAUUGUCAACAACAUACCAGAAAAUCAAAUACGUUCGACUUAUUGACGUAGGCUCAAUAUGGAAUAAUAAUUCGUUAGAUACCUUAAAAAUCAACGAUAUCCUACAGAUUAAAAAAAUCGACAGCAAGAGCACGGUCAUACGAUGUAAAAACCUCACAAGUGCACAAGAUGUGUCGAUUUUAAUUGAUUCCACUGCCGUAUUUGUGCCAUUGUUGGACUCAAAUACCUACAACUUGGCUGAGAUUCAGAAAAAAUUCGGACUCCCGGCUAAGGUUCGCUUUUCAGAUAAAAGAGCAGAAAGGAGAUUGCGUUCAGUACCUGGAAAGAGAAAGCCUUCGACGUCUUCGACAUAUUUGUCAGAUUUGGGUCAGAUGACAGCCAUUGAAGAAAUACAAGAAAGCGACGUAAUUGCUACGACUACGUGUUCCAACCUUGAAGAGAAGGUAGGUGUAUAUUUAGUGUUUUGUUCAAACUAAACUAACUUAAGGGCCAUUUCUUCAAAGGUCACGGCGAGAAAUAUGCAUUUAUUAUUUUAUUCAAACUAAAGUAACUUUAUUUAAUAAUAUAGGUCCAGUAGGGAUCUCGCAGUCGUCAAAGCAAGCGUCUUUCACCUCUGAGAUCGUGGGUUUGAUUCUCGCUAUACGGACUCAUGUGAAAAGAGUCUGUCAACGCUCUGCCGAAAGUCGUGGGUUUUCUCCGGGUGCUCCGGUUUCCUCCCACAGGGAAAGUUGACAGGGUGUGUUAGGAUAAACAAAGUUAAGAAAGUAAUACCUGCACAAUUGUUGUAAAAAUAAAUAGUCUAGGCUAGGGUACUUGAUGUAAUCGAUCACUGAAUAGCCCCAAUUAUGGGGAGUGAACUGAAUAAUAAUGUAAUAAUGUAAACCAAAACUAAACUUACUUUAUUUACAACGGGCAGCUCGACUAUGAUAAGGUCAUGAAUUUUUACACCACGUUUAUUAAAAUUGGUCUAAUAGACACAAUGAUAUGGCUGUUUAAAUUAAGUGGUCAUCAGUCCUAUUGAUACCGGCUUUACAGAACUAAUGCAUGAUGGGUGAACCAGACUGUAUUUUAAAACAGUCAUAAUAUUCAUUUGGUUCUACUAGACCGAUUUUGUUAAUCUUAGUUUCAAAAUUCAUCUCUUCGAUUAAAUUUUCGAUGUGUAGAAAUCUGAAACAUACAUUGCAUUUUUUCGGACAUCGUUUUUUUUUAAUCAAAUUUUAAUCAUUCUACCAUUUUAAGGUAUGCCUGAAUGUUCCAACGACACUGGACAUCACAAUAACAGUGGCUGAGGGAUUUCUAAAGGGUGAUGAAACCUACCAAAGAGUUGUCAAAACCCUAGACAAACAAUUCAACCGCACAAAUCUCAAAUCUUUCGACGACUUGGACGUCUACGAACAUAUGGACACGGUCAGAAAGACAAUGGAGGAAAUGGUAUUUUUUGAAGACGCUUCAACGGAAGUCGUGGAACGUGCUCGCGAACAUUCGCAACGUGUUGAACGUAGAAAGUCUAAGAGAUUGUCCUGGUUUGAAUGGCCACCGAGACCUCAUCUCAGGCGACGAGAAAGUGCGAAACAAAAGGUAACUAGAAGACAUGCAAAAAUUAGUUGAGUGCCAAAAAAUGAAAUACAGUGCCAGAAAAGAAAUACGUAGCAAGCGUCAAAACAAAACACAUUUUGAUUUACGUUUAGUGACUUUUGAUAGUAAAAACUUGUAGAAAGUUGCCGUCAUUCAAAUGAAUAACUAUUUAUUUCGUAUGUAUUUCAUACAUGAAUGUGACCAUGAAUUUGCUUCUGCAUAAUUUUUCUCGUGCAUAUUGAUGAUAAGUAAUUAAUAUUAUUAUACAUUGUAGUUGGUAAAAGCAAUUUGAUUGGCUAAGAGCUUGCAGUUAAAUCGCGCAAACACGCAACCUACACAAAUUUCAGUUAUCUGCUAGCAGAUAACUCAGUUAUCUGCUAGCAGAUAACUGGAUUUUGUGUAGGUUGCGUGAAAUUGAAUGAGUGUACAUUUCAAAUGAGUGUACAUUUCAAUUUUCAAAUGAAUGUACAUUUCAUAAUUGUAAUGUUUACUUUAACAAGUAAAUAUUUUAAUACGUUAACAUCUUAAUGAUAAUAUGUUUCUUUUAUAUUUGUAAUUAAUUCAACUGUUGGACUUCCGGAGACUUGUUUAUAGAAACGUUUUACUUGAACAGCUUUGCCAGAAAUCAUAUUGAAUAUAACGCUUACCGAGACCUUGAUAAUUUUGCAUAUCGCAAAAACCGAAUUCAAUAAUUGUUUUAUUAUACAUUUGAAGAAUAACAAACAUAGUAUUAAAAUACUAUGUUUAUUAUUCUUCAAAUGUAUAAUAAAACAAUUAUUGAAUUCGGUUUUUGCGAUAUGCAAAAUUAUCAAGGUCUCGGUAAGCGUUAUCAGCCUCGCCUUCGGCUCGGCUGAUAACGCUUACCUCGACCUUGAUAAUUCCGCAUAUCACAAAAACCUCAUCCAAUAAUUGUUAAUUAUUGGUUUCUCGUCCAAUUUGGAAAAACACACACUUGUAAAUUUGACUUCAUGAUAUUUGCACUCUUCCUCUAUGAAAAAAAAAACUCAAUCGUGCAUGUUUUUUUUUCCAAAUUGCACUCGAAACCACCAUAUUACUAUACAAACUCGAACGGUCUUCCGCGUAGCCGUAGGUAUAGAUAACACCAGAAAUCUGCGGAUUGAGAAGGACUCCACUACCUAAAAAAUACAAGUAAAACUUCGACGUUUCGAGAGAAGGCCCCUCGUCGGGAAGUGCCUUCUCAGCAUUCGCUCUAAAGGUCGAAGUUCUGCUCGUAUUUUCAGCUAGUUGAAUCAUAGUUAAUAGAGGAGAUGGUUUGGAAACUCAUUAGCAUUACAAUGAAAUCACAAUAAACCUCAUUAUCUUAUGUUGUUCAGGUUUAUGCAAAAAUGUGGUCUUUCAUCGUCACGUGCGUAUUGUAUUUUUCCCAAGUCAACCAAUAGGAAUGUUCAAAAUGACCUAUUGUUAAAGUCACUGAUGGGCAAAACAAAACCGUUGCUAUUGGCUGGUUGAGCAAAAAUACAAUACGCACGUGACGAUGAAAGACCACAUUUUCGCAUAAACCUGAACAAAAACAUAGAUGAGGUUUAUUGUAAUGCUAAUGAGUUCAGUUCCAAACCAUCUCCUCUAUUAACGAUGGUUGAAUCCGUCUGGUGCACAAACUCCAAUUUUUCAUUUCUUGCUUAGUUCUUAAAAUAUUUUCAAUAAAAACAACGAGCUCCCUGAGCUUUUCUAUCUUAUUAACGAUGGUUUUAUUGAUUUCACAAGCAGGGUUAUAUUACAAUUAGUAGAUGUUUAAAAUGUUUUCAGUCAAUUUUUUAUUUGAAAUAGUGACCAAAUUACAAUUUUGGGCUUGGUAUAACAUUUACUUGACCCGUUGUGACGUAAUGCAUACAUAUCCACAACAAUCCAAGAUGGCGGAUAGCUCGCUGAUUUAUGAUUAUUUCAAGAACUACAAAACAUGAUUUGAAAAAGCUGUAAAAAAGUUUUCUACAUAAUUAAUUCAAGGCUCUUUUAAAUAUAGGAUAGUGUUUAUUUAUAGCCACAUCCCUUUAACCAACCAACAACUAACUAAAUAAUUGAAUAGGAGAACUACUUAAAAAUGUUGGCCCAUGACGAAAAUUACGUACUGUUUAACAAACGAGCAGGAGUGUUUUAUUAGGUUUAAAGUCACGAGCCCGCAGCGCGAGUGGCUUUAGACCUAAUAAAACACGACCUGCGAGUUUAUUAAACGGCUUCAAACACGACUACAAAUUCAAUAGAUAUACUGCCUUAUUAGUAUUCUUUAUAUAAAGAAUACUAAUGAGGACACGGCUACAAUAGAUACUGCCUUAUUAGUAUUCUUUAUAUAAAGAAUACUAAUUAGGAGUGUUUUAUCAGGUUUAUAACCACUGCACGUGACAUAUUAUGGUUGAUAUGAUUUGCCAAUAAGCUCGGUUAUGAAUUAUUAAUGAGUGUUUGAAAUACUUAUAGCAAAUCAUUUUAAUUUAUGUUUUCUAAUUUAUUAAUUAUUUUUACAAGGCGCCUCCUGAAGGACUGCCGACAGCAGGACAGAAACCCGACCCAAAACCAGACAAGAAAUCGAAGAAUAUAAAGUUGAGGUCCCUAUAUAGCACUCUGAGACGUAAACAAAGCAGUAACAAGACUCCCUCAAAUGAAAGCCACUCAAGUGCCCACAAUUAUGAAAAGCCCACUGAUCGACCAGUGCAAGAUCAUGAUGGUAUUGACCACAUCUAUGAAGAAACGGCGUCUCAAAAUUUAGAUUCUGAAGAUAAUAACUACACAGAUUUGGAUACCACAUACACACCAGUACGCCCACGACUUUAUGAAACAUAUAAAACAGAGGCUCCUAAAGUCAAAAAGGUAAGCUCACUGCCACUGUAA